AUGUCUGAGCCUAGCAGUGUCAUCAUCGGCCAAGAGGCUGAUUGGGCUGAAGGGGAAAUUCCAACACAUAUGGCGAUGAAUCCGCAUGGGUCCACAGAUGAUUUUGAGCUGCCUGAUCGCUUUUUCUGGGUUGACAGCGUCAAGUUCUACGUGGAGGUGACGAAGCGCAAGCCUCGUCAAAGAUAUCAGGCAACCAUUCGAGGGAUCAGCACAAAAUUUGCCCAAGGCUCAGUUCGCGAUUCAGGAUGUACAGCAAUGAUACUGCCAAGAAUAGCAUUGAUUGAGCCCGAUGGUACGCAUGAGUUCUCUCAGGAAUUCCUUCGGUUUCCGGGAAAUGAAUACAGCACUGGAUGGUUCAAAAAGGCACAAACGAACGAUGAGAACUACAUAAGAAGCAAGUUGAUAGAGCUUACCAAAGCUUCCCUACAGACCCUUCAUCUCCCUUCUUCCAUCAACGGUUGCUAUGUUACAAGUGAUCAGCAUAAACCAGCUCUAAUCAGCUUCGAGCCAGCCAGGCGAUAUAACGAUCUGACCGAGCGAUUGAGAACCGACUGGACAGUUACCGAAAAAUGGAAGAAAGCCCAGGAUCAAAUCAUUUGGUCAACUCAUAUCCCCCUAAGCUCACGAGCCAUAGAAUGGGAAACUGAAGAUGUUGAAACAUGGCCUCAAGGCCCAGAGAAGAUUACUUGGGGAGCUAAUCGUUUAAGCUAUAUCAUUACGGCUAAAUGGAAGGAUGUCACCGAACGAGAUUGGGAGAGACAUAUGGAAGCUAUACGAGAUGGUUCUGCUGCUACGGAUACUCCCUCGAGCAUCCUUCGCGCUGCCACUUCAAUACCUGGAUUAACUCCUGAUACCCAUUCUUCACCUUCAGAAGCAGGUUUUGCACCUCUUACGCCCGAGGCGGUGGGGAAUUUGGGAUAUCGUCCAAUCGUCGUAGAGUAG